UAAAAUUUAAACUCUUAUAGCAAUUUGAUUAGAAGACCAAGUGUUGAACGCGUAUUUUUUUUUUACAAAGUGAGCAAAAAAAAUUUAUUUGCGUUUUUUGUCCUCUCAAUUGUGAGGAGGGUGAGGUAGGUGCUGAUUGGCAAGCACAGGUUUUUUAUAAUUGCGAAAAUUUACCGUAAUCGCUUCGCCGCUCUGACAGAUCUUGUAGGUCACGCGCGUUAAUUGUAUGCAAAUAAAGCAUAAGACCGCUAUGCUGAGGCGGCGAUCGAACAAUUGAGACGCAUGGACUCGGCAGUCGGCGUCUGCAUGUUGCACUAACAUGUGCCGCUCCAUCAGCCUGCUUUUCCUCUUCCUGAUCGCGGCCGCCGGUUUUGUCACGGCGGCCAAAGAUGACCCUCAGGAAUUGACAUUGUCAACUACAAUGGAAAUUCGGGGCUUGGUGCGGCACCGAUAUGCGACCGUCCAGUUCGCCACUUUUCUGCACAAUCCUUCGGAAGAGGCCGUUGAGACCAACGUGACCUUUUUUGUGCCUGAAAACGCAUUCGUCUCCUACGCAACCCUCGAGGUGGACGGUGAGGUCAUCCGAGGUCAAGUGCAGGAGCGCAAGGCGGUGGUGCAGCAGUACCAGUUGGCGGUCGGCGUCGGAGCCUCAGCCAGUCAGGUUUCUGCGGUCAGAGACGCGAGCGAGGUGCGCGUUUCGGUGAACGUAGGCGCCAGGUCGACGGCCACCUUCAACCUGACCUACGAGGAACUGCUCACGAGGCGCCAGGGGCGCUACCAAAUGACCCUCAAUGUCCACCCCCAACAGAAGUUGGAGUCUCUCAAGCUGGAGGUGGAAAUCAAGGAGAGCAGAAAUUUUACCUUCAUCAAUGUGCCGCCCUUCAGGGACACGAUGACCCCUGAUGACUUAGAUAACGACGUUUCUAACAAGGAUGUCAAAAUAAAAUUUCUGGAGGAGGAAGGUCACUGCCUGAUUUCCUACUCGACUGAUUCGAAACUACCAGGCCCUUUUUUCAUUCGCUACGAUGUGGACCGCGAGACAAACCAAGGAGAAGUUUUGUUGCUGGACGGGUACUUUGUGCACUUUGUGACUGCGGAGCGCGAGAAGGCGAGACCCCCGACGCUACCGAAACACGCAAUUUUUGUGCUAGACUCGAGCGCGUCCAUGUGGGGCCCAAAACUGCGGCAGCAGCAAGUCGCCAUGACGCAGAUCUUGCGCCAACUUGACCGUCACGAUGUCUUCAGCAUUGUCACUUUUGGCAACAAAGCGAGCGAAUGGACUCAGCAAGGGCUGCAACCCUCCUUAGGCAAAGGCGUGUACGCUGCCAACAGGCGCAAUAUUGCAGACGCUAUUGAUUUCAUCUCCAGGAUGCAAGCAACUGGAGGAACCAACAUUCAGGCCGGUCUGCGGAGAGCACUGUACUUGGCUGCCAAGUACCGUAAUAUCCCCUUGAUCCCUGGCGUGUCCGAGGGCGCCAACUACAGCACACCUACCCCCAAGGAGGUGCAAACCCUGGUCACAUUUGUAUCAGACGGGGUGCCGACGGCCGGGGAGAUCCGGCUGACGCGUCUCCUCAAGUCUAUCCAGUUUGCCAACCAGAACACUCGGGCAAGCGUUUUUGCGCUGGCCCUGGGCCCGUCGGCCAACUACGGCUUCCUGCGGCGCCUCGCCCUGCAGAACUUCGGCUUCAGCCGCCGCAUCUACGAGGGCGCCGACACGGCCCUGCAGCUGCAGAGCUUCUUCCGCGAGAUCUCCUCACCUCUGCUGCACAACGUGACCUUCGCCUACGUCGACAACAAGGUCAACUUCAGCUCAGUCACCUUGCGCCACUUCCCCACGCUCUUCGCCGGCGGCGAGGUUGUCGUUGCUGGAAGACUCGACUCCUCCUUCGAUCCUGAGCAAGAGCAGCAGGUCAUCGGCAGUGUGACGGCGAGAGGAGUUGGAGGAGAAAAGGUGUCCACCAACAUAACCCUUCCUGAAGGUGCUUCCAAAAUUAAUUCAACCGGACUCCGCAGAAGGAGAAUUGGCGUCCUGGAGAAGAUCUGGGCUCACAUGACUAUCCGCCAGUUGCUAGACAACUAUCUGAUCGAGGAUUUUGGUGACUCAAACAGCACGCUGCAGGACGAAUCCAGAACAAGCAAUAACAAGGAAAGGGCCCUCGCUCUGGCCCUGAAGUAUGGUUUUGUGACUCCACUGACGUCACUGGUGAUGGUGUCUGAAAAUAAGAAACGCGUGACCCUGAUUGCGGCAGAUGACGUGGAGAAGGACUUGAAACAACCAGAGCAGCUGCCCUUCAACAACAAAGUUGUUCCACCGAUCUUGUUGCCCAUGAGCAUCCAGCAAGCGGCACUCAGUAACAAAACGGAAGAAAGCACUGAGAAAUCUCCUUUUGAGAAAUUUGACUGGCUGACAUUUUUGCUGGCGGAAAAUGAUAGCGUCACUUUUAUUAAAACCAACGGCGAGGAGAUCACGCGAAUCGUUUUGAAGGAAACUGAAGACAAGGAAUCUAAUAGGCCAGAAUGCACUUUUAAGGGAAAUGAUGAAGCUGAAGUCAAAGGCACUUGCAAACCUCUGCUGACCUGUCCGAGCACUCAAGUGCCGACCUUUGAUGAGUACCUUAGAAGGCACUGCGAUUUCGAUGAUGCCUCACUUGCUGUCUGCUGCGAGAGCUAGUAUGCAACCGGCGCAACUUCGGUAUGGAUCAGGUUGCAUAAAUGACUUUAAUUUAUUUAUUUUUUCUAAAAUAAAAUUGUAACUUAUUUUCCAUGGAAAACCAUUUUUAAUUUUUUAAACUGGUGGAUAUAUGAUUGAAAGUCGUGAUUUUUCAGUUUUAUAUACAAAAUUUAUUGUUUAUCAUGACAGUGGUUUUUGGGUUUUUGUAAAUUUCAACAACAAUAAAAAAUUGUUGCUCUAAA